UUUCAUAAUUUUCUCGCCGCACCCUUGACUUAAUAAUUUAGUAUGUGCCGUAUAAAUUUGUAAUCAAAAUAUGGUUGUUUAAGACUGUUGCUCAAAAUUUGUUAGCUUGUUUGAUAUUUAUAUAAUUAUCACCUUGUUGCACAGCCACCAAGUGCAGUGAUGCCAAACUUGUUGAACAUUUUCAUAUCAGUGUAAUUGUAGCGAGGAAAAAUGUCAACCGAAAGCCUGAACAGCUUAAGCGACAUCGAACUGCACAGGAAGCUUAUUCAGAGCGGCUUUCCCAACACCCCGGUGACCGAGACAACGCGUUCGGUUCUAAUUCAGAAGCUGAAGAAGCAUCUCAGAGCAGAUAAGCUGAAGAAGCGCAGCAACAAGUACGUGCUGUACUCCAAGGAACAGUCAGACUCUCCCGUCUACCACUACCAACAGCCGCCGACGGGAUAUGCCAAUGGCAAUGGCAUAGAUAACAAUAACGAUGUGGAUCUCAGCAGGAGUCCCUCAGCAUACAGCCGCAGCUUCGACGAGUGUGACUCGAGUCCUCUGCAUCUUUCUGCUUCCAAAAUGUACGCCCCGCCGCCGGUGGUGGCCUCCAAUUACGACGGCGACCUCUCGCCGCCCCUCAGCCUGGGAGGCAUGAAUGGCAAGUACCGGCCGCAGUCCUGCUCCCUGCCGUACUCCAUAGACACGUCGAAUAAGAUCAAGAUAUCGGACGGAGGCGUUGUUAACAGGUUGCUUAGCUUUCGCGACACCACGAUCCAGAGAAAAUUCAACACGAAAGUUCCAUUCACAACGCAGGCGUCGAGGGUCCCCCAAAAGAGCGAAAGGUUCCCCCGCUUAUCCUGGGCGGACCUCAAAAACUUCUUUAAGAACCCCGACAUCCGACCAUAUGUAAUACCACAAGUGCUCAUCUCGCUCUUUUUAAUCUUCCUGACAAUAAUCACGGUCCUGUAUGUGGGCAAGCGCUUUGAGCAUAGUCCCAUUGACAAAACAGUGCUGAAAUAUACAUUAUGUAAUCCCACUGACUUGCGACUGGCCACCGAGCAGAUUACCUGCAUAGAUAAGGAUGCGCUUACGAGUGCCAUGGACUUGACUGACCAGAUUUUCAAGCAGCUGAACGAGCGGGCCAGGCUCCAUCACUGCAAGGACGCCAGCCAGUCGCCCAAUUUGGAGGUAAAUGAGUUUAUAAGGGACCUGGUCGUCGGGAACCCAAUGACCCACCGAGGAAGUAUACACACUAAUAUGCUGGCCACUAAAUACCUCAUUGUCGAGAAUCCGCAUUGGAUGAUUCAUGUGGUGGAGUCGCCGGACAAGACUGCCUACUUCGAGCUCUCUGAACCGAAUCUGCCGCUCAAGUGCGUUGUCCUGAAGAAAAUGACACGUUUUUUUACAAUGAUCGGUACGUUGGUUCUGGUGGCAGCCGGAUGCCUUGUCAUCUACUUUGGGAUUGCCCUGUACCGCGUCAAGCAGAAGGAAGCCUUGCUGGCGGUUGAUCAAUUCACAAAGGACAUCAUCAACGAGCUGAUUUAUCAGAGUUCUCAGAACGAGAGUCCCGAGGUGAUCAUAAACCAGCUGCAGGAGAAGUUUGUGCCUGCCAAGAAUCGCUCGAAGCACCUGUCUUCCUGGAACAAGGCGCUCAAGGCCCUGGAGAAGAACGAUAGCCGCGUGCUGUUUGGUAUGGUUAAUCGGGAUGGCAAGGCGCUACGCACUAUGGCCUGGAACAGGAACCUGGACAAGAAGGACAUGGGCCUGGUGAAGAAGUGGCAGAGCCCCGCCUUCGACAACUCCAACAAAAUUGCAAAUCCACCAACGCCCUGCCUGAAGAUAAGGCACAUGUUUGACGCCUCGGAAGUUGAUCAGGCCAACCUGAAGCAGUCCAUCGUGGAGUCCAUCAUUGAGAAGGUGGGACCGCGCUGCAAGAUCUGUGACGUGCAACUGGACAUCCAGUCCUGCUGCGUCUACAUCCGGUGCGCCACCGAAGAGGACGCCGGCAUGAUACACAACGAGAUCAAUGGCUGGUGGUUUGACAAGCGCUUGAUUUCAAUUAAAUUCCUAAGACUUGAACGCUAUCUAAGCCGUUUUCCCAAGCCCUCGGCCGAGCCCUUGCUCUACUUUCAUCCCAGCGAGGCGGCCAGCAACAACACUCACUCAUAAAAUGCACACACAACUCUACACCUAGACACUUAAGUUAUUAAAUGCGAAUUUGUUUUUA